AUGCUUUUGGUGAAGGUGGAGUACUCCACCCUGGUGGUCUUCUACUCCACCCUGCGGGCCUGGUGGGCCUCUUGGGUCCCUCACGAAGACAUGGGCCUUCCCUCUUCUUCCUGGGAACUAGAACCCGGACCUCCGGCCUGGGCACCUUCUCUGGCCACCAUGUUCCUCUCGUCUCCUAGCUUCGUCCGCCGGUUGCUGAACAUCCGGCCGGGUUCCGCCCUCCUCUUUUGGCUGCUGGGCCUGGCCUUGCGCCCGUCGCCCCUCUCGGGCCAGAAGCCUGAAGACAAGUACCCCGUGGUGCCCACCAACUACGGGAAGCUGCGUGGCAUCAAAAAAGGCCUGAACAACGAGAUCCUCGGCCCCGUGGUGCAGUACCUGGGCAUCCCCUACGCCACGCCGCCCAUCGGCGAGCGCCGCUUCCAGCCGCCCGAGGCGCCAGCUUCCUGGUCCGAGGUGCGCAAUGCCACGGCGUUCGCCCCGGUGUGCCCGCAGAACAUCCACGGCAUGCUGCCUGCCAUCAUGCUGCCGGUUUGGUUCACCGACAACCUGGAGAUCGUGGCCAGCUACGUCCAGAACCAGAGCGAAGAUUGCCUGUACCUCAAUGUCUACGUCCCCAUGGAGGAUG